UCGGCCUCGCUGCCGACGACAGCGGCAACGCACAGCGCUUAUACCCCCAGCUCAGUCAGCACCCUUUGCGUGGACAGCAGCCGCGAUCAGCACGGAUAUAGAACCAUUUUUGGGCUCCUUCGUGCUCAGCGCCCUGCGCCUUGCCCACGCUCCCUCAUCUCGCUCUCACUCGGUUCUCCUCGGCCACCCUCGCUCCUCCUCGCUUCCCGCCGCAUGCAACUGUCUUCAUAAUAGCAUAUUAUCAGCAGUUCAAUUGCCAUGGACAAUUACGGUCAACGUCCACCACGGCAGCCCCGCCCUGGCGCCUCGACCGGCUACUCGCAUCCCCAAUCACCCUCUUCGCCUUCCUACCCCGAACAGCCUCCGAUUUCCUACAAUGGUUUCUCUAGGCCACCUCUACAACCUAACACCGGAGCUGUUCCCAACGUCUCCUUUCAAGACAGCGAACGAGGCGAGCGCACCGACCCUCUUGAACACCCAGGCCGCCAGCGUACCGCCCCAUCAGCAUACACCAACAUCACCAGCCCCGAUCCAGAGAACGGCUUUCAGCUUGGGGAUACAGCUAUGGUAGGAAGGAAGAAGAGCCUGGUCAGGCCGGACAGGGAGAAGAUAGAGCCGGGUCAUAGGCAGUGGCACUACCGCAACCAUGCUGCUCAACUGGAAGAUGACGGUGUGAUUCCCUCCACCACGGGAAACGCACCUGGGCUGCGUCGUGGUCACUCACUACUUGCGAGAGAGGAAGACGUUCAUGAGUCGGGUCUCGCUCUUUUCAAACGAGGUGCCACUCUUAGGAGGAGGAAAUCCGCGCCUACGCCAGAAACUGCCCCUGCGAAGCGAACGGGUUGCCUAGCGAAUAUACCAGGUCCCCACGACGGCUGGGUCACCUAUUGUUAUAUACUCACAGCCUGCAUUCCCAAUUUCAUCCUCAGGACCUUCGGUAUUCGAACUUCCGAGCAACAGCGAGCAUGGCGCGAGAAGAUGGGUCUCCUCAGUAUCAUCGCCGUCCUCAUGGGCUUCGUCGGUUUUAUCACUUUCGGUUUCACUCAAGUCGUCUGCGGCACUCCUGCGAACCGCUACCAUGCAGGCUCCAUCGACACUGGCUCCGUCGUCAUCCACGGCUACGACUACGAUUUCUCACAGUUCAAACAUCCUGAAGUCGGCGAUUUCAACGGAGACACGAACCCGCUUUUCGUUGGCAAUUGGGGUGUUGCCAGUAACGAUAUCUCCUUCAUGUUUCAGAACGUGAAUGGGAAUUGCGACGGGAUCAUCACCAAGGCGAGCAACUCGAGCAUUACCAGCACCAGUGGCAGUCUCGACUGGUAUUUCCCCUGCAAUGUAUUCAGCCAGAACGGGACGAGUGGCGUCAACUUGACGAACUACGACAGCGACACGACUUGUCACGUCAGUUCAACUGCGCGCAAUGAUCUUGCCGCAAUCAGUCCGCAGGGUCAAGUUUACUUCACUUGGGACGACCUUCAGGCUUCUGAUCGCAACCUUGCCGUCUAUGAAUCCAAUGUUCUCGACUUCAACCUCCUCAACUGGCUGAGCACAGGCGAAGUCUCCUACCCGGAUAGCUUCAACGACUUCAAGAACGCCAAUGGCACGUUUAAUGGCAAGGACAUCACCGCCUACAUGCUCCGCACGGGCCAACGCACUCUCGGUCACUGUUUCCAGGACAUCAUCACUGUCGGCUUCAUCGACACGAACACGAUCGGCUGCGUCGCCUCUGACAUCGUCCUCUAUGUCUCCCUCAUCUUCAUCAUCGGUGUCGUCGGGAUUCGAUUCGUCAUGGCUGUCAUGUUUUCGUGGUUCUUCGGUCCUCGCCUCGGCGCCUUCAAGCACGAGACGUACGAACAAAGGAUGCAACGGAUGGCGCAGAUCGAGAACUGGACGAGUGACAUCUAUCGUCCUGCUCCGGCCGAACUCCGUCCCAACGUCACGAAGAAAGGCGUCACUACGAACUACAAGCCGAAGAAGGCAGGUUUCAUACCCACGCAAUCGCGCUUCACGCCCACCGAGAAUAUCCUGAAAGGAGUUGGAGGGAGACCGGCGACCUCAUAUGGGAUGCUCGAGCCUCUCCCGUACAAACGCAACGCCACGAGUGUAUACGGUGGCCCAUCAUCGACCACGGCCUCGGUCAAGGGUGCGAAACUUACACCGCCGGAUUCCCCGUACCGCUUUUCCAGGAGCUCGACUUCGCUCGGAGACUCGAGGAACGGCUUCAAUGACAAUCCUUGUCCUUUCCCUCUCCAUAAUGUCGUCCAACAGCCUACGCCGGAUAACGCGGAACCUUUCGGCUUCCGACUCGCACACACGAUCUGUCUCGUCACGGCCUAUUCGGAGAGCGUGGAGGGUCUGAGAACGACUUUGGACUCGCUCGCCACGACGGAUUAUCCGAACAGUCACAAGCUCAUUUUGGUCAUCGCGGACGGGAUGGUGAAGGGUGCUGGGAACGACAAGACGACACCGCAGAUCUGUAUAGAGAUGAUGAAGGAAUUCGUGAUCGACCCGGAGGACGUCGAGGCCCAUUCGUACGUCGCCAUCGCGGACGGUCACAAACGGCACAAUAUGGCGAAGGUCUACGCCGGGUUCUACGACUACGACGACGCGACGGUCGAGAUGUCGAAGCAGCAGAGGGUCCCCAUGGUGCUUGUCGCGAAAUGCGGUAAUCCGCUCGAGGCGCACGAAGCGAAGCCUGGUAACCGUGGAAAGCGAGACUCGCAGAUCGUGCUGAUGGGAUUCAUGCAGAAGGUCAUGUUCGACGAGAGGAUGACGACGUUCGAGUAUGAGUUCUUCAAUUCGAUUUGGAGAUGCACGGGUAUCAGUCCGGAUCAUUAUGAACUGGUACUUUGUGUGGAUGCCGAUACGAAGGUGUUCCCGGAUUCGUUGACGAGGAUGGCGUCGUGCAUGAUAGAGGACGAGGAGAUCAUGGGUCUUUGUGGCGAGACGAAGAUCGCUAACAAGGGGGAGACUUGGGUCACCAUGAUUCAAGUCUUCGAGUACUACAUCUCUCAUCACAUGACCAAGGCCUUCGAGUCCAUGUUUGGAGGUGUCACCUGUUUGCCUGGUUGUUUCUCCAUGUACCGCAUCAAGGCUCCCAAGGGCGCGUCCGGAUAUUGGGUCCCCAUCCUCGCCAACCCUGACAUCGUCGAGCACUACUCGGAGAACGUCGUCGAUACCCUGCACAAGAAGAAUCUUCUGCUACUCGGUGAAGAUCGAUACCUAACGACGCUAAUGCUCAAGACGUUCCCGAAGAGGAAGAAUGUUUUCUGUCCUUCCGCCGUUUGCAAGACCGUCGUACCGGAUACCUUCGGCGUGCUCCUCUCCCAACGUCGUCGGUGGAUCAACUCCACAGUGCAUAACCUUGCGGAACUCGUUCUCGUCCGUGACCUUUGCGGUACUUUCUGCUUCUCGAUGCAGUUCGUCGUCGGUAUGGAACUCGCGGGUACACUCGUCCUUCCGGCCGCCAUCUCGUUCACGCUCUACCUCAUCAUCAUUUCCAUCAUUCCCGGUGGCUCUAACACGACCAUCCCUCUCGUUCUUCUCGCUAUCGUCCUCGGUCUACCCGGUUUGCUGAUCGUUAUCACCACGAGGAAGGUCUCCUACGUCGGAUGGAUGAUCGUGUACCUGUUUUCGCUACCUAUAUGGAACGGUAUCCUCCCCGCGUACUCGUAUUGGCACUUCGACGACUUCUCGUGGGGUCAGACACGGAUGGUCGCGGGAGAGUCGGCAGCGGCGAAUCAUGGUGAUAAAGAGGGAGAGUUUGAUUCGUCACACAUCGUGAUGAAGAGAUGGGCUGAGUUUGAGAGGGAGAGGAGGUGGAAGAGUGGGACGGUCUCGAGAGACUCGAUGUUCUAUGAUGGGAAGGCCAACUCACCUAAGCGGCAUUCUUUGACCUCCGAUACCGUGACAGGAGCAUUACAAGGUUAUGAUUCGAGUACCGCGGGCGAAUCUUCCGGCACGCACUCUCGUCAACGAAUGGACAGCAAUCAGCUCCUCACGCUCCCAGCACCCUUAGCACUCGGCAACCGACCUGCUGCGACACCCGCCCCAUCAUCAUCUGUCUCGCGUACGAGCGAAGAUGCACCGUACAACUCAGACGUCUCAUCAUCUAAUCACCGUCUUGUCCCCAGUCCUGAUUAUGGCGAAGACACGGUCUAUGAUUCUCCCAUCACGACCACUCGGAACCCAUUCGGCAACCAAGCUCAGACAUACCAGCAGCAACAGCAGCAACAGCAGCAGCAGCCAAGCUUCGAUGCUCAGUUCUCGAGAGCCGCGGCUGGCGGUGCCGUGUUGAGACAUAACACGAUCUCAAAUCAAUAUCCGGGCGAGACUCACAACCCGUACCAAGGGCAACACACGUAUCCUGAUCAUAUGGGUUAUGCUCCCGAAUCCGAUGAGGCUGCGAUGUCUCCCGGUGGCUCCAAUGCCUCGAGUCCUCAGCCGGUUAAUUUCGCAGGCCAGGGUGCUGGGGGGCAGAGGCAGAGUAGGAGUGCCACCCGUUCGAGGACGAACUCGAGAGGCGUGAGCUUGGCGGAUAACGGACCUGUACCGUCAGCAACGGAAGGGGUAAGGAGGGUGCCGAGACCAAGGAGACCUUCGUCGCAGACACCGACUGGAGCGCAGGGACAGCAGAAUAGGUACUCGAGGACGUCGCAAUAUGGGCUUCCUCCAGGUGCAGCACCACCGAACCCGGGACAGAGUGGGUAUUCUGGUGGAUACUGAGCGGUGAUCUAUCUGUCGGUGCGCAUUGAAUGAGGUACGGUAUAGCAUAGCGGACUAGUCUCUCUCUUUUUUAAUUCGUCGCCUUCUCUCGUUUUCGUUUGUUCCUGUUUUCCCUUGCUUUAUGACCGCGGACAAAGACUUUAAUUCCCCUCUAUUUGCUUGAUGCCCCUGAGCUCUUGCUUGUUUGAUGUCCGACUACGAGCGCUGCGAUACCUGUGCGGCAAUUGCCUGCAGCUGUCUAACAAGUUGACUGACUGUGAUCAUGACUCUUGACUGUGGCUUCGUUGGGUCGAUAGAUGGACCACAUUUCGACCUCAUUAUGCCUUUUUCUCGAGCACCUGGACUCUUGCACCGCAUGAUUUUCCGGAGCCUGUUUCCUCAUACCUCCACUUCGAGCAGCCUUAUCUUUUUUGACGAUCAUGCCCUCGUCGGAGGUCCCUUAUUGACAGCCGUGGCUUUCGUCGACAUUUUUAGUCGUACGGACUUUUCGAAGCUUAGGUCCCUUGACGAUCCCGUUCUCGUUCUCGUGUUUCAAUAUUUUCUCUUCUUUUUACCGUUCGAGUAUUGUAUCCUUUGACCGCCCCCCGCCAUGUUCACGUUCAAUGUCCA